AUGGAGGAGUCUAUCGACAAUGAUAACACCUUGCGAUCUUCUGAAUUGAACCCGAGCUAUGGUACCUCAGAGUUUACACCAGCCGCUUCUGGCGGGACACGAAGCCGCCGUCGUUCUGACAGAAUUGUGAAAGUGUUGGAAACAGUAUUGAUAUCCUUCAGCCUUGGAUUUGAGGACCUCCCAUCUGAGGCACAACAAGCCUAUAUACGCUUUCAGCAGAAUCGGGAUUUCCGCGAGUUUGGUGCUGCCCUCAGGCACUUACUUUUAGAAGAAAGGCUAGAUGAAUUAAUGCAAGAAUCGCCUGCCUUCUUGCACGCAGCCGUCGAAUUGGUUGGUAGUAGAUAUCCCCAUCUGAACCUCCAAGAACGUCUUGAUGAGCUUGAGGACAGUAAGAGAAAAGACUCGUCGAAGAGACGGUCCAACCGCUCGGAUAAAUCCCGACGUCGUGCGAAGAAGGAGGCUCGGCGCGGCGAUGAGCCUAUGUCGGGUGAUGACAAUUCCGAUCGUCCUUCGAAUGUAAGGUUAGCAAAAACAAUUACUGCAAAGCCUCGAACUCGCCAGAAGAAAGACCGGAAGGGCCAGACAGUAUAUCGGACUCAACUCGAGACACGCGCUCAACCCGGCUCGUCCGGAGUUCCUACUAUCAACGUUGUGUCAGAUGAAACCGCAGGUAAUGAUGGAGGCAAUAAUGCUCCGGUCAAUACACCUGUGCUACCAGGUUUUGUCAUCAGCACCAGGACAAGCCCAAGAAAUCAAGAAGGGGCUACAUCCAGAAUUGAAGAGCUGCGGAGUAGACAGAGCCAGAAAACAACUCGACCCAAAAACCUGACGCAGCCUCCCAAACCUGACAUUUAUCUUUAUCCUUACAAGGGAUGGAAGAUCGAACAACCGGCAGUUCUUCUUCAUCGAGCCAGGAAUUUUCUCGCUGACGAGGACAUCGACCGAACCUUGGACUGGAGCCAGAAGUUCGCGGAACUAACUGAGUAUUUCUCGUACCUCCUUUACAAUUGGCAAGGCGAGGAAUGGGGCGCUGAGUUACAUGAGGUCAUUGAAAUGCUUCACACGCAUUGGAUAUUUGAGCAAUACCAUUACGGCAUGCCCAAGCUGAACCUCAAUUUAGAUAACGCGUGGCCGAAGCAAAGUAAGAGGCUACCGCCUAUUCCCGGCACAGAUCACUCUGUCGAGAUGUCGGACGGGGCAAAUGGUGACGACUUGGGCGAGAGGAAGCUGCUUCUCAACAAAAUCCGUCCAGCCAUUGAUGUUCAUUACAAGAUGCCUUCGAAAGCACUUUUGAAGUACAUCAAACUUUACACUGCCGAUGCCCCUCAAACUUGGAAGGUUCCAUUUGAAACCGUCUCUUCUGAUCGGGGACUGAUGAAUCUGGAGAAUGAGAUUUAUGAAGAGUGCGUCUUCUCGAACAUGUCGGACACCUGCAAGCGCCUCGAAGCAGCCGAAGCCGAUUUCAAGUCAGAGUACAACAAAGAGACCUUUGGCUUCGAGGCACUUCAAGCGUUUGCCACGCUUCGUGGAACUCGACGUGCGGCUCUUCAACAGACCUUGAGCCCCCUGAACAAUGCCGAGAACCUUGCCGUCUGCAAUAUCUUCCGCACACUUAUCCUACCUCAAGCCAAGAUUCCAGAAAAACCAGAUGCAGGUAUUAUUAUUCCUACUAUGCAGGUUGCUGAGGUCCCUCAGAAGGAAUCUCGGGACCCCUUUGGCUACACUCUAGCGCAUAGGUGGUACAUGAGAGCAGACCAGCACUGGGGAGACUGGGCGCAUGAGCACGCCAUCAAAGAAUGCCAUGGUCACAAGUUGUGGCAAAAACGCAAAGAGCCUAUCAUGGAUCUUCCUAAGAACUUCAAAGGACCUUACGUUCACGACUAUUUGGAUCAUGAAAUGAAAAAGGCCGUGUCACUCCUGAAAAUGUGUGAAGUCCUACGGGAUCGUCUAUUAUUGCAGAUAGAACGAACGCCGCGGGAUUUCUUGACAGAAGUCGCUAAGUGCCUGGAUGAUGGACUGACAGGAAAACACUGGGGAGAUGCCGGCCUAGAGUUCUCUGAAGAGGAUGUCGUACCUGGUUCCCAAGACUUGGCUCACAUCAGACCCGAGGAGGAAGACUUUUUGCGAUUACUGGGCCAGAAUUCUAUCAACAAAAAGACAGUGGACUCCAGAAAUAAGGGUUUCAAUGUCGGUCAUCGUUCUGGACUAUUUGAAAAGAGAGUCAAAAACAUGUUCUAUGGAGAAGGCACGACGAACGUCUACAGGCUUGGCUUCGACGAGUUCAUGAAAGAGCUCAACCGGGAUUGUGAUGGCCCAGUAAAGUGUUGGAGAUUUUCGGAAGAUGAGGCUUGGAAUGAAGCUUCUAAACUUCAGAAGAAAGGAGUCAUCGUAUUACAUGGACAAACAGUGUUCCGUGCUGAGGCUGAUCUUCACCCUGAGCAACUUGUCAGAUGGCUCGGUACAGACAAAGACCUGGAUGCAUUCGUACAAGACCGGGACCCAGUCAGCCGCCAGGAACCCACAGAGAAUGCCGAGGUCAGUCACGAAAACGAUGAGAUCGAAACAAUCUCGACGGUUAUCAGUAUCCCCGAGUCAGAUAACCCUGGAGAUUACCUAUUCGGACUACCCAGAAGUGAACAUCUUCGCGACUAUGAAGAUCUUGCACAGCUUGUUUCUGAUAUUGGCAAUGACACGCUUAAGCAAGAUAUGCGAAAGACCAAAAGAUUCUAUACCCGCCUUUGCUUUCGCCUUGGAAGGACUAUCCGCGAUCUCCGAGCCAAGCAGGAAACAUACAAGCGACAACUCACCUUGGAUCAGCGAGAACAAAACCGCGAGUUCUUGGAUUUCGUCGUGAGACUGUGGGAUUCCGAUGCCAAUGUACGACCAAACAAAAGAGAUAAGAACCCAAAGAGGGGCGAUAGCAAGCGGGUUACACCGGGAUACCAAGAUAUCAUCAAGAUGGUUGAGCCAGAGGCUUACAGCACAAGCUGGGAUCAGGGCAGCCUCAGCAAGGGUCAGCCCGAAGACCGUGUGAACCGGGAGAAAAUUCGAAAAGGAAUCAUUCGUGAGGCAUACGAGAACAAGAGCAUGAUUUUCCCAAGCCGUAUUGACCGUUACACUGACGAGAACGGCCUCACGGUUGAACUACCUCGUCGCCAUGAACCGGUAUGGUCUUUUGCACACCCUGGACGAAAAGUCAAAGCACCACGAUACUGGGACAUGAAUCGCUGGCCACUUCAUCUUCAAAGCGAAUCGACAGCUGAGAGAAUCAGAUCAGGAAACUUUCAUGCGGGCACUCGGGAGAACCCGCCAUUCUUACCCACUAUUGUAACUCCUCCUGUUACUCCAAGUAGACAGCAGACAAGACGAGAAGUAGACGAAGAAGUGGAUGAAGAUACUGAGCUAUCGCCUACCUCAGCAGAAGGGAUAGACACAUACGAAAACGAGACCCAAAUCAUUCCCGGACUUGGGAAAGAUUUUGUUGUGACGUAUGGAGAUGUGGCAGAGUCUCGUCGCACUUUCACGCCUGGGCCACCCCAAUAUCUCCUCGGCAGUACUCCCCUGCAGAAGAAAUAUGUUGAGAACUUCAUUAAGAGAGGAAUUGCAUCAGUGGAGCCGCCUACCUUUACCUGGCGUCAGCGCUUGGGAGCUCUGUUUGGUCGUAGAAUCGUUGAUGACCCGACGGCUCUGCCAAAAGUCAACCCUCGCGACAUCCCUCAGAGCAGGCCGCGAAGUAAAACUUCCGACGACGAAGAUUCCGAUGAGGAUAUGCCUGGUGUCAUGGAAAAUGACGAUAUUGACGUCGUGAUGGAAGAAUUGGUGACACAGAAGCCACGCAAUGAUGAGCAAGAGCCUCUAGAAACACCCUCACCAAUGGUACCGUCCUUCCCUCAUACCUCCGGGGCACCUGAGGAGUCUACUCCUGUAGCUGUUCAGGGUGGAAGUCGUUUAGCUGGGCAGGAAAGUGAGCGACAAAACCCUAGGUCAUGGUCACGACGACGAUCCCGUCAUUUGGAAUCCCAACGGCUCCACUUGACGAUAGAACAGCCAAGCUCAGAGUCCUCUGUUGAGUACACAGAGGAAGAAAUGCCAAAGUCAAGCCGUAGGGUUGUUUAUGGUUCAGACUGA